AUGGCAGUCGGAACGGCCGUGGGCAACGCCGCUAUGGUGGUCGGCAAUCGAGUCAUCGAAGCACCGAAGUUGACGAUGGAUGGUCUGAACUCACUUGGCAAAGGCGACUUGAAGGGAUUUGCGGAGCGUAUCGGCAGAACCCCCUUGGCUGUCGCCAAGGUCACAAUCAACACAGGCCGUGAUAUAGGGGAGAUUGCUGUAACCCAAGCAGUCAGGCUCGCGAAGACCACGCUGGAACAUGCGAGGAAAACCGCCGAACAAGGAGCGAAACUGGCAACAAAGGUGGGGAACUACAUCGCAGACAAAGCAGUGGCAUUGGGAAAUGAAGUUGCCAAGGUUGGGCCCUUGGCUGCAGGCUUGGGAACGGCAGUCUGGAACGAGAUGAAGAAGUACCUGAAUUGCCUAAAAGCGUCCACCUCUCUUUGUGCAAUGCUUAUUGGCAGGCAAUGCGAUUGUAAUGCCGGAAGCUACGUCAAGGUCUAUCACAACAGAAUGGAAAUGCGGUGUGUCUUCUCGAGAACCUCCGAGUUCUCGAAGGGCUUCGGUAUCAAGGCAACGCGGGACAGCAAUGGCGGCGGCAGCACUCUGCCCGGCAGCGAGUAUUCACAGGCGUACAAGAUGUACACCGACGUAAUGAAGUCGAGAAAAGGUUUAGAAGCCAUGCAGUCACCCAAGCCUGCGGGCAUGUGCGAAACUGAGCUGAAAGUAUCCGUCGACGGUGUCACACAGUGGAACCCUGACAUCACGGUGAGUGUUGGGACCAACGGUGACACUGUGAUCUCACUCAGCGGCUCCGUGCAGGGGUCCUACGACACGCUCGUUACCGGGCAGGGCAGCUGCAGCUACACGCUCAAACGAGGCUUUCCGAAGAAGCCCAAGACGAAGGUGGUGUGCGCCGGCAAGUUUUGCGUCAUGAUAUCGCUGCAGAUGGUUGCAUCGCUGGUGGGAAAGGGCGUCCUUACCGGAACCAUCGAUUUGUCGAACGACGUAGAUUUCCAAAUCUCCGCCAGAGCCACCGUCAAGAAGAACGGCGAGUCCGAUGUCACCGUUAACAGCCUCGGCACGAAGCACACGGAAGCCGUCAAGGUCGGGGCGAGCGCCGAGGCCUCGUUGAGAUUCAGCGUGGGGCCAGAGCUCGUAGUGUGGCCCAUGCCUGGUAUUCCGAUUACUUUCGCGCCCAAGUUUCACGCGGAAGCCAAAGCGAAGGGCACCAUCAAGUACCCAUCAAGCUCUCUGCUCCUCGACCAGGAAUCGGCCGAGGAGUCUCUUCCUUUUGAGGGCUCAAAUGCAAGCUUGGGGCUGCUGGAGGCGGAGGAGGGACGCACCGCCAAGCUCCCGCAGUGUCACGCCGCCGCCGUGAGCUUGUAUACCGACUUUACCAUCACCGGCUUCGCGAUCCCGAAGUGGUUGAAAGAUCUCUUGAAGGACGGCUUUCUCAAGGACAGGAUCAAAGAAGCGAUCAACGAAGGUGCAAGAGCCAUGAUCAAGAUGAUGACCGGGCCACUGCAGUGCAUCCCCGGUGCAAGUGCGGUCACCAACAAGAUCAUGGACGCGGCCCGCGAAGCCGGGAACCUUCUUUCAGGCCUUAUCCCUAACCUCGGUCUCAAGUGGGACUUCAAGUCGAUCUACAUUCUGAAGCCUCAGAAGCUCUUUUGCAAGGAGGUGUGGAAAUACCCGAAUUCCCCGGAUUUCGAGAACACCCCAUGCGCGGAUCAGCUCGGAUGUGGAACCGCCGGCCAGGGGGUGGCAGAUGAGUCGGAGGUCGAGGUUGUGCCACCGGAACAGGUUCGCCAACCGACUGUGAACAGACAGCACGGUACCCCUGGCUGCCCAAACGGUCUGAAAAUGGGGGACCGCUUCAUUGAGCUUGGCAAGUUCCGCAUUGCCGAGCAUUACGACCAGUACUUGUCGGUCUCGCACAAGGACACACGGAAGGUCGCUGUGGUCUGGGAGAAGAACGGGAACGCUUGGCGUCGUCACGGCAGCGACUGGCAUCGAUACGAUGCCUGGGGCAGGUCGAAUGGGCUUGGCAAAAAGAUCAAGUUCGGCUUCGAGUUUAUCCAAAUUGGCAAGUUCCGCCUCGGGGCUGUGGAUGACAGACACCUCUCGAUCUCGCACACACAAGACAGGAGGACCGCGAUGAUCUUGCGAGACGAUGGGCAUCAAACAUGGGGAUCCCGCACUGACUGGAACACCCUGGACCGCUCUGAGGGAGCUCCCGUGGGCAUCACUUUCGGAGACGGGUGGAUCCAGAUCGGCAAGUUCCGAAUUGGAGAUUCGGGCGGCAAUGACUUGGCCAUCAUGCACACACGCGACAAGAAUAGAGCCAUUGAAGUUUACACGCGGGAUGGCAACUACAAAACGGGCAACGCUCUCAAUGGGAACUGGGGCAACUUGUAUGGUCGACAUCCGGCCCAUUGGACCUGCCCGAGCAUUGGAGACAUCGCGCAUGGUAAAUGCAGGGAGGACUUCGGAGGGUGGGGAGAUCGCUUUGUACAGCUCGGAGACUGGCGCUUGGCUGCCAUCGAUGAUCGCAACUUCGCCUUCGCCCACAAGAACGGCAAGAACGUCGAGGUCUGCGGACAGGGCGAGCUGCAAGAUGUGUUGUGCACCACAAAUUCACAUCGUAUAUAA